AUGAUUCCAACUGCAAUACAGACAAGCACUUUAGUGGUGCUUGGGUUAAAGCCAAAGGAUAUGGCUGUCCAGAUGGAGGAGCUAAAUAAACUUGCCGGGGGAAAUUACUUUACAAAGGAAACAUGCGUAGGAAAGGACUCUGCUGUCUUGUGUCUCUGUGGAGGCAUCAAGCUAGUCUCAGACUUAGUCAGAAGACUGAACAAUAUGAGCAUAGAUGGAGAGUGCAUUCAGGCUCUUUCUUUUGCUAGGUACUUAGCAAUGUACAGCGUAGGAAAGCUGUCUGUAGGAAAAGAGCAGAUAUACAAGCCUGCAGUGAAAAGGAUCAUAGGAAAGAAAGAGGUAGAAAUGUGGAGGGCAGAGGCACUUGGGGAGCAGUUCGUAAUAUAUGGCGAAGAUGUUCUUUCCAACUACCAGCUGUCCAAGAUGUUUCCCUGCAAGCUAAUUAAGUCAAAGCCCAUAAAGGAGAUGGAGAUAACAGUAAAGGAUGAGCUAAUUGUGGCACGCAAGCAGAAGAAUGUGUUUGUCUACAGUGGAUACUUAGACUUACUCGAUGGAUUUGUACUGGAUGACAUUAUAUCGCACUACACCUUGGGCGAGCACAUUAUCAUUGGGUGCCAGCCAGAUCCAUCUCGCCAGGAGUGGCACGUCUACAAUAUAUACAACAAGACAGAGAUAAAGAAGGUGGAGAUUGAGAAUGAAGAGACCUUUGCUGUCUCCUCAGACCUAACCCACUAUAUGAUUUCUGGUGAGAAAGGCGUCCAAAUAAGAGAAAUCGUGACAGAUGAAAUUAUCUACCCAGAGUACUACGGUGUGCCAAAUGAGAAGGUUGAGGGAUUUAUGUCAGAGAAGAAUAAUGUUGUAUUGGUGGUGAAGACUACUUCCAUAAGCACGCAGCUAUCUUUAUACUGCCUCACCUCAGGGAAGACCAUUCGAAAGAGAGUUUUCACCAACAUAGAAAGCUAUUCUGUUGAGUUCUCAGAGAAUGAAGUUUCUGUUGUGAAUGUCCGUAAGAUAGCAGACAAUCUUAGCCACUUUAUAGAGAUAUGGAAUUUGGACGGGAAGAGAGUUAUUUCAAAGGCACUUGGUGAGAAUGUAAAGCAUGUAUACACCAGCAAAAGCUCUAUUGUAGUGCAGACACAGACGUCUGCCAAGGUGCUAAGACGGGCACAGAAUAUACUGGUUGAGGGCGCAGUCAUUAGAGAGCCAAUCUCCAGGGUAAUAGCUGGCGAGAUAACAGUAAUACUCAUUGACUCAGGAGAUCUCUGCCUGAUUGGGAAGGAUGGAGAAGUGCUGCACAGAGUCCUGGAAACAGGCGCAGCUGAAAUACAGAUGUCUCCAUUUGGUCUUUACAUUGCGCUUCUCUCUGGGGAUCAAGUGCGAAUACUGAAUCUUUGCGGGAAAGAAGUCUUUGCGUCAAAUAUAAAGAGAGAUAAUGGAUUUUUCUGGAGAACAGUCGUGGCACCAACAGAGGAGAUGUCGCUUGGUGAGGAGGAGAUACAGAAGUACAAGAUUGAAGACAGCCUUAAGAGAAAGGAGGCAAGAAAGCAGUUCAUGAAGGAAAAUGAAGAAAGAGUCUCUGAGUGGAGACUGUUCUUACAGGAGAUGAAAGAGUUUAAGUCUGCACACGAACAGGCAAGAAGCUAG